UCCAUACGAGGCAGCCAUUUCAAUUCUUGUGGUUCAGAAUGACAGUGCAUGGACUGCAUUUAAAGCCAGAGGCAGGUGAACGAGUGAAGAGUGAAUUCACACUUUAAAGAGCAGCAAAGACCAUCUUGCCAUGAAACCAUUCACAGAUGAAGAUGUUGAAAUCUACAUCCAAAGCAAGGUGGAACAGCGGCAUUACCUGGUUUCCAAAGCAGUGGAGGAGGUGCAGAAAAUCAUCCAGCAGCUGACUGCAGAAAUCAGCUACAAGGCUGUGCGAUUCCAGGCUAUCUCCAACUCUGGCAUUCACAAUGAAAACAUUAAGGAUCAACCAGCUUUACUGGCCAAGUGGUCAGCUAUGCUUCGGAGGAAGCGCCCAUUCCACCCAUCCAUCCAGGUCUUAGCACCCAGCCAAUUCCUCAUCACAGUUCCUCUGCGUGGCCUGACUGGUUACAGGGAAUCCCAGGCACGGCACUGGCGCUAUUACACCGUGAAUGGAGCCAAGCUCCUCUCCUCCGUGCGGGAUCCUGAGGAAUUGCAUCAGUGGCUGGAGGUGGAGCAGUUCUCAAAAAGCCUUCAACAGUGGCAUGAAGAGGAUGUGAACAUCGAAGGUGAUCUGGUUCCAGCCAAAGUCCUUAUUGUCUUCCGGGAGCUGGUGGAGAAAUCGAUCGUCUCCUGUAACCUUUCCAGUAAAGUGACAGUGCUGGAGAGCUUCAGCUCAGUGGUCCGGGUGGCUGUGGAGACAUCAGAAUCCCAGGUAGAGGUGGAGCUGGUCCCUGCUGUGGAGAUCCCAACUUGCUGGCCCGAGAAAGCCCGGUGGCCUCGUUGCCUUAAGCGUUGGCCUUCUCAGGAAAAAGUGCAAUGCAUCAAGUCGCUGGGUUUCGACCUUCUGGCCCGCUCUAAUUAUCACUGGCAGCUGUGCUUCUCCCGCGCUGAGCAUAUUCUCAUGGAGGGACUUGAUGAAGAUGGUGGUUGUCGCCUGAAGUGCUUCAGGGUCAUGAGGCAGAUGAAGGAAGAUGUCUGGUGUGCUGGAAAUAAGCCUGUCAUCACAGUUUAUCACCUUCAGACGGUGCUAUUCUGGACGUGUGAAAAAUACCCACGCACCAAGGAUUGGCGCUGCUUCCCUGAAGCCUUUCUGAGGCUGGUACAGAAGCUGCACAAGUGUGUAAGCCAGCACUUCCUCAAGCAUUACUUUCUCAAGAACACCAAUCUGCUCAAAUAUGCCAACACCAGUGACCUGGACCUGGUGGCCAGCAAGCUCGCAGUCUUCUUGGACAAACCUGUUUUCUGCCUGGACUAAGGCAGGCAAAGGUCUUUCCCCAACCCCAAGUCGAUCCCCCAGCUCCUCUCCCCACCUGUGGUUGCUAUACAUGUCCUUCCAAUAGAUGUUGCAGCUGGCUCUGUGAGACAGUUGGCACAUGCAGCGUGAAAGAGAAGUGUCGAGCUGGCAGCGGUGGGUGGUGAAAACUGAUGGGAGGUAUCACUUGAUGGCCAGCUGAUCUAAUUUGCUUUCAACAUUGACAGCCUGCCUGGAAGCUACAGCCAGUGAAACUCAACUUUCUGUGCAGUCAGAACGGGCAGCUGCCUUGUUCUGUGUCUCCAGUCUUGUGGCACCUAAGCUGAAAGACAGCGCAAAGGAAUCUCGCUCUGCUGCCUCUGUAACCUAACAUAUGUAUUGCUGCUGCAGUCACCUUUCUCACAAGGAUGGCAGAUUUAAUUGCCUGCUUACUUCACAGGCCAGCUCUGCAGAGGGGCAGAGGAACACUUCUGAGGUGUUCUGAAGCUGGAAGCUUUCUCAGAGGAAAUUUAAUUCAGUGAGAUCCUCAUCCAGUAGGAUCCAGUAGGAAUUUAACCAUGCUGCUAGUGUUGAAGAGCUCAAUGGAAGCAAGAAGAGGAACAGUGGGUUUUGCCUCUUCAUUUUUCUCUCCUCCACUUAUAUUUUUCUUACAAUUGCUUCAAAUAUGCCUUUUUCAUGUUUGCCUUUGCAAGUUGUGUUACAAUCGGGGGCUUUGUCAGGGCAGAUUUCACUCCCAACCCUGGCUCUAUCCAGCAGGCUGGACGAGGAGCAGGUCUUUCCCUAGUUGUUAGCAACCACAUACAUAUUUUUGGGUGCUGUGCAGAGGGAGAAUAUUUUUCAAAGGCUCUUAGCUCCAAGACUCUCACGUGGAUGUUUCAAAAGAAAAUGGACUUUAGUAUUUCAAAAGGACAGAGCUUUAGAAUUAAUAUUAAAAACGCUGGAUUUGAUGUUACUGAAUUGCUGAAACUGAACCAAGAUAGGGGGGAUUUUGAGUUUGGUUUAAUUUGGUGGGGUUUUUGUCACAUCUGUCCAGGAAAGUAAAUCAGUCCUUUGCCAAGGCGGGUGGAAGAAGCGGGAUUUGCAUCCCGCGCUCCGGGACCUGUACGAGGUGCAUCCAUGACGUGGCGUCUCCCCAUCGUGGCAGACUGCAGUACAGCCACGCGUCUCCAGUACAGCCUCUGGAGCAGGCUGUCUUCUACAGUUUUUGAGCAGAGUAGAUAGGGGUCAGGAAGCAUCCCAGCUCUAUGGUCCUGGUCUGGUCGUGGUCCUGUGUCUCCUGCAUCAGAUCUCACCACAUACAGACCUGAUCCAACCAUGCAAACUGGCACCCUCUUUGCUCAGAUCCUCGGAAUACUCUCCAAGUCGCCUUUCCGCAUGGGUAACUGCGUUAUGAACAGGUUUAAACAGUUAACUUCUCUUGCUAAACCUUUGUUCUCCAGGCUCCCUAAAUGGGACACGUGUCAAUUUCCUGAUGACACCUCCUAUUCAAAUGUGGCUUUCCUGAUUCCUGUGAGCUGAGCUGUUUCAGUAAAGUGCAAGGAGAUGCCAAUCUGCCAGGCAGAGUCAGGCAGCUGUGGCAAUGAAGUAAUGUCUCCUGUUUCAUCUUGGUUUUGUCUUGUGGUUGAAGGGCUGGCUUCUGAAGUUAGAGGAGGGCAAAACCAGUUCAAACUGUUUGAGGACAGUGCAAAACAUUCAGAGCUGUUAAUCCCAAAUUUGAUAUUUACUGCUCUGAUGUAUGGUCCUUUUGGGAUUUAGUUGUGGCUGUUGAAGAAUUUAUCUCCCUUUAUAGCUGAGUGAAAAAAAAAAAGUUUCGGUGAUGAUACCUUAACUUGGAUGCAGUUGUGUAUCAGUCCUCAACUGCUGGGGUUCAAAGCAAAACCAUGGGUAUGCACCCUGUGCUGCACAGCCAUGACAUGGAAUGUUGCAUUGCUCUGCCAGAAUGGCAGCCUCUUACAGCCAGGAAUGACUCAACAAAUCCAGGAAAUAAGCACAGAAUGAUGGACCUCUGCUUUGAGCCAAAAAUUAUCUGUAUUUGCUCUAUUUUCUUCUUGUUUACACAAGCAAAUGCAUUAGCUAGCAUAUGCUGCUGCAGAAAGAAUCCUUGUCACCACUGAAACAUGGAAGGUACAUUUUUAUUGACCACAAAAACACAGGAACAAUCCUGCAGCUUUUUCUCCAGAAGAGCAAGAUGUGACACAGCUGGCCACUGGCCAAGGGAAAAGGCUUUGAGGAAAGCACUAACGUGUUCAUGGAAGCAGUUGAAUACAAGAAUUAAUUCCUUUCAGAGACAUCUUUGAGAAUAUCUUGUAUAAUUUUGUGUAGGUCUGCUUGUGUAUGUAGGAUUUUGUUGUGAGGCAGUUUUUCGUGGUUGUGGGAGAGUUGUGCAGGAGGUCUCUUAUUAAAAAAACCAAACGUGCCAAAUGUAUUUAUCGCAUUUCUUACCACAGUAAACUUUCUGCAAAUAGCUUUUCACUUAUACACCAAGCCUAAUCACAAAAUCAUGGCCUCAUCCCAAGAUUUUCCUCCAAAAAGAGAUACUGCAUUUUGUUUUGGCUACAAAAUAAGUUUUGUUUCAUAUUUAUAUUUCUUCUUUUUUAGAAAUUAGCAUCUGGACAAAUACAGACUUUCUUGAAAUACAUUUAAUCAAAAGUUCCUUGUUCAGAACAUCUGGAAGGAAUGUGAUGACCAUUUUUUCUCCCUCUUUCAUUGCUUUUAUGAGUAUUUUCUGCAUUCUCAGCCCUCAUCACAGUCAACAUCGCUCCAUCUGUCAGAAAUUUGAAUUGAAUUUGUUGCUCUGCUAUAUAAAACUGAACAAAACUCAUGAUGUUUUUAGUCUUUUUACACAGCCUGCCUUCUAGUCACUAGAGGGCAAUGUCUCUCUGAAGCGCAAACACUGAUCCAGGAUCUUGCUCUUAAAAUCAGCGUCUUGUUAUUAUCAUUGAGCUGAGACAAAUGAGCUUGAUUAAUGUAAUGCUUCUGAAUUCUGUUGCCGAAAACGAGAGAAGAGACCAUAGGAGAGUUUUCUAAUAAAUAGCAAGACUUGGGUAAAAAGUCUCUAAACUCUGGAAGCCACUCCUACAGCUAGAAUAUGGAUAUUUUGUUUCUGAUGGUCUUGCAGUAAUUCCCAACAGCCUUCGAUUGGGAAAGCACCAACAAGUAAAGUGCAGGCAGAGUUCUUGGAAGGAGGGAACUUGCAGGAAUAGCCACUGCCCGGCUCCAUUAGAGUCCUGCCCUCUUUCUAUGAGGCUAGGCCAUGACUCCCAUGUGUGCCUACCUUCAGGCUCCUUUGUCUCCCUCUUCUUUUCUCUCUCCUCCAGAAGAAAAAAAAAUAAUUCUUGAAACAAGUUUUCUGAUACCACCCCUUUGGCUCUGGUGGGAAUGGUCAUAUUUCAAUGCACAUCAACUCUCUUU